AUGAAUCGAGCAGUAAGUCCGCUCGAGGUAAAGAAUGGAGAAUUGCUGCUCAAGUAUGCCUACUAUAUUUCGAUUCAUUUCAAGGCAUCACCCGGUAACCUGUCUGGGCUCGACGCUUAUGUCGAUUUGAACAGCGGGAAGAGUGAGGACUCAACUUUGCUUGCUAUCAACAUACAGUGGGUGGACGCAGAAUGCAACGUAUCAUUAGCCUUCUGCAAUUUGGAAGAUCAUGCCCUGGUCGUGGGCGAGUUUGUCGACACACCUCUGUUACCAAACCUCGAAGCAGCCAUCCUCCAACUGGGUGCUCGCGAGUGUUUGGUACCGACUGGUCUUUUGGCGCCAGAUUUGAACCAGACAAACUCCAGCCAGUGUCCAAAGGUCAAGUCCUUACCAUUCUUGCAGCUUGUUCUUGAGAGGUCCAACGUCCUCGUGACGGAACUUAAGAAGAAGGACGAUUUCACUGAUGCUUCAGAGGAUCUGGAUUUGCUGGUAAAGCCCGAAAAGUCUGACGGGCCGUCUUCUGUGCAUCACCUGCUUCGGCAUAAAUCGGAGCUCUCGGAAGCCUUUUGCUGUCUAGGCGCCAUCGUAAACUUUCUCCGAUUGAAAUCCAACGAUAGUAUGACAAACACUUUCACCGUCUCGCGUUUUUCGCUGAAGAAUUUCGUUCGCUUGGAUAGUGCUGCCCUGCGCACUCUACAUCUCCUGCCUUCUCCGGAUACCGACGAGCGUCUGGACUUAGUCGAAGCCUUCUUGGAGGAUAAUAGUUUGCGUCAGAGUUUUCACGGGACUGUUCUUCGUCGAAUCCCCGAUAUCCCCCGGCUAGCCCGACGUCUGCGACUGUCCAAGGGCAGGCUACAGGUAAUGUCUCACGUUAAUCGAUCAUUUUCUAUACCCUGCUGUUAA